GUGGGGGUUGCAGCACUGAGCAACAUGGCAGCGUGCAGUGUAGAGGAGUUGUUGGCUAAAGCUGAGGCGCAAGAGGCGGAAACGCUGAAAAGCAUAUCAGUCCAGAAAGAGCUGGACCUGGAGUUUGACAUCGGGAACCUGCUGGCGUGUGACAAAAACCGCAUCGAGCCUCGCGACCUCCGGGAGAAGAGCAAAGAGGACUUUCUGCGUGCUCUCGCUCGCGACAACACGCAGCUUCUCGUCAACGAAAUAUGGAAACAGCCCACGGAGAGGGUCGAGGAGGCGAUAGUGGCCAAACUGCCGGAGCCGACGACCCGGCUGCCCAGAGAGAAGCUACCACCGAAACCCAGACCUCCAACAAAAUGGGAGCAGUUCGCUAAGCUGAAAGGCAUAAAGAAGAAGAAGAAGACCAACCUGGUGUGGGAUGAAACCGCAAAGGAGUGGAAGAGGCGCUGGGGCUACAAGAGGGCCGGCGAUGACACCAAAGAGUGGCUGAUCGAGGUGCCCGAGAGCGCAGACCCGAAUGAGGACCAGUUCGCCAAACGAGUCAAAGCCAAGAAGGAGAGGGUGGCCAAAAACGAGCUCAACAGGCUGAAAAACAUCGCCAGAUCGCAGAAAGUCAAGAUCCCUGCUAUAACCCUGACCCCCAAAGCCAGCCAGUCCAAAGACGAGCUGGCCAGAGCCGAAAGUGUGGCCAAAACCUCCACAGCAUCCUUGGGAAGGUUUCAGGACCGCCUGCCCAAGGAGAACCCAGCAAAGAAGGGCAAGAAGAGGAAAUUCGAGCCCCUCAUUGGCAACUUUUCUAAUGAAAAGCAGAAGCAGCUGGAGCUCCUGAAAGUCAUGGACACUAAGAAGCCCAAGUUGGACAUCACCAAAGCUGUGAAUAAACAGAUGAGGCAGGAGGACAGAGAGGAGGCUGCUGCAAAACACAAGAAGGCAGCAGGGAAGAAGGGACGUAAAGGCGGCAGCAUGGGUGGAAAGCCCAGAGGAAAAGGUGGGAAAGGAAAGAAAGCAGCUGGAGGGGGAGGAGGGAAGAGAAGAGGCAAACCUGGGAAGCGCUGAGGACUUUUGUGUCUUCAUGUGUGUGGGUGUGUGUGUGCCUGCCUUGGCAUCAAAGUGUUGAACAUUCAUAAUGCAAUAUGAACAGAACAUCUGGUUUACCUGUGGCCCACGGGUGGGAUGCUCCCUCCAUCUAUGUAAACUAUGUUUACUGUACAUUUUGACCGCAGCAUCCAUGAUGAUUCUUUUCGAUGUAUGUGUAAUAUUCAUGAAAAAAAUUCACAAAUAUACUUUAAUAUUACAGCCGAGUAGAACACGAGCGACUUGUUUUUCUGUCUUUAAUUAUUGCAGAAGUUAUUUUUUAGUUCUGUGUGAUUAAAUUGAUGCUUCAAGUCUGAAAUGGUUACGUUAAGUAUCGUAAAGCGUUUUAGAUCCUUGAUAAAUGAGACAUAUUUGAAAAUAGGUUGUUUUUAAGGCUAUUUUUGUUACCCUUUACAUAUUACUUUGUAAACUCUAUAUAUACAUUCAAAA